CCACGCACUCUCCUUCCCUGAGCCGUGCUGAGCUGGAAAAUGGCUGUGUAGGGGAGCAGGGAGUUAAGAACGGGAAAAGAAAGAAAGAGCGACAGCGAGAAGGCGAAGUAAGAAGAGGACAGAGGGUUUUGCCAGAAGUUCAGUGCACACCGAGAGGCUUUCGUCCGCAGAUAAGUUCACCGCACGGACUCUUUGUUAGCUACUUUGAAGUGUUAAAGCGCCGCAGCCCAAAGUGAGAAGAGUCAAGAAAUAUCCGCGGGUCGGUCAUAAUCCCUGUCCAGAACAUGUGGGAGCCUGAGAGAACCGAAGAGGAUUAAAGACCAUCCCACUCUGCCACUCUUCCUCCAAUCAGACCACUUCAUUUGACCGUGGAGAGCCAGCGACACAGGGCCCUCGACUGGCAAAAUUUUUUACCCAGCUGCUCCAAUAGCACCCAGCCAGCAGGUUUUCGCUGCUUGAAAGAGCAUGUUGCCAACGCUCUCCCUCUGCUCCAUCAUCUGGCUCAACCGGGGAAUCAAGCUGAGGAAAGUGCACCAGUCCACCAACACCGGUCAGGUCUGAAACCGCUGCAGCCGCAGACAUAACAGCAGCUAAACGCUACCUUAUCGACUUUUGAAAAUGCUCCUAAGCUUCGGGUGACUCCCCCUCCUCCCCUCACCCCCUGACCCUACCCCUCCCCUCCCCCCAAGCCACCGAACUAACAUCGAACACCAGACUUCAUUGACUCAACAACCUAUUUGGUUUCUGAGGAGGAUUUCUGUAAAUUCCGAACCCUGUUGUUGCAGUGGCACUUGGGCUGCACUAUCUAAUCCUCUAUUUGGUGGCCAUUUUGAUUUUUGUCUCCCUAACAAAAUGGCGGCAGAAGGUUUUCAGUACCGCGUCCUCUACACAUUUACUAAGGACCAGGAAGAGGACCUGGAUCUGCAGCCUGGAGACCUCCUGACAGUCAGCAAGGCCUCUCUGCUGUCCAUGGAGAACUACCAGGAGGGCUGCGAGGAGCAGCCUGAGUGCCUGGGCUGGCUCCUUGGGUACAACGAGCGCACCAAGCAGAGAGGCGACUUCCCAGGGACUUACGUCGAGUAUGUGGGCCCCGUUAAGAUGGCGCUACCAUCAAGUCAACCCAGGUCCCAGCGACCGCUCCCCGCUGCUCCCAGACCAGAGUCGUCUCAAGCUGUUUCUGUGCUGGACCUGAGCGAGCAGUUCACACCACCAGAGACGGCUCCCCCAACCCUCGUCAGCCUCAUCCAAGCCAUAGAGAAGAGAGGUCUGGACUUCAAGACAUUGUACAGGACAGCUAGCCCCUCAGGUUCAGACAGCCCAGUGUACAGCCUGACCUCUGAGAGUGACAUGGGUCAGAAAGAUGUGGGUUACCUCUCUGAGUGUGUCCUGCAAUACCUGAGAGACCUCCCGUCACCUGUCAUCCCUGCCUCUAUCUACCCUCACCUUCAAACUGCUGUCACACUGCAGCAGCAGGUCUUACAACAGUCAGCAGACGGUGCAGUAGCUGGUAGCCAUGACAGAGAGGUGAGCCUUGUCCUCGAGAGCUCCACCACCGUCCCUCUCCAUCACCAUCUCACCCUCCAGUACCUCCUCACACACCUCGCCAAGGUCACCCAGGUGCAGGCCAGCAACGGCCUGGACACACACACGCUGGGGAAGAUCUUUGGGCCACUGCUCAUACGGACAGGUCCCUCUACCCCCUGGUUGUCUUUGGAUGAGAAGUUCCCUGCCCUUGUGGUGGAGAGGUUGUUGAUAGAGAGAACUAUGGAGCAAGACCUCACUCCUCCAGUUCUUCCUGCAAAGCCAGUCAAGUCAAAAAUGACACCAUCAGCCAUGACGGAAACAAGCAGCCUGCUGAACGAUGCUGAGUGGUACUGGGGAGAAAUAUCCAGAGAGGAAGUGAAUGAGAAGCUGCGAGACACUCCAGACGGUACCUUCCUGGUCCGAGAUGCCUCGAGUAAACUGGAGGGCGAGUACACUCUCACCCUCAGGAAAGGGGGGAACAACAAGCUCAUUAAGAUUUACCACAGAGACGGGAGGUAUGGCUUCUCAGAGCCUCUUACCUUCCUGUCUGUAGUGGAGCUCAUCAAUCACUACCGCCAUGAGUCCCUGGCCCAGUACAACGCCAAGCUGGACACCAAGCUCCUGUACCCCGUCUCCAAAUACCAGCAGCUGGUGAAGGAGAACAGUAUAGAGGAGGUGGGAGAGCAGCUGAAGGUCUAUCAUGAGCAGUAUCAGGAGAAGAGCCGCGAGUAUGACUCUCUGUACGAGGAGUACACACGCACCUCACAGGAGCUACAGAUGAAGCGCACAGCCAUUGAGGCUUUUAAUGAGACCAUCAAGAUCUUUGAGGAGCAGUGUGAGACCCAGGAGCGCUACAGCAGAGAGUCUUUGGAGCGGUUCCAGCGCGAAGGCAACGAAAAGGAGAUUCAAAAGAUCCAGAGUAACUCAGAGCGUUUGAAGUCUCGUGUGAAGGAGAUCCACGACAGCAAGCGGAAGCUGGAGCAGGACCUGAAACAGCAGGUCUCUGAUAACAGGGAGAUCGACAAGAAGAUGAACAGCCUCAAGCCGGAUCUCAUGCAGCUCCGCAAGAUCAGAGACCAGUAUUUGAUAUGGCUGACACAGAAGGGGACAAGGCAAAAGAAAAUCAAUGAAUGGCUGGGCAUAAAGAACGAUGCUGAUGACUCCUACUCUUUGGAGGAAGAUGAGGGCUCACCCCACCAUGAUGAGUGCACCUGGUACGUGGGUGACAUCAAACGCACCCAGGCCGAGGAACUGCUGAGAGGCAAAUGUGACGGUACCUUCCUCAUCCGUGAGAGUCAAUCACAGAAGGGCUCCUAUGCCUGUUCUGUAGUUGUGGAGGGUGACACCAAGCACUGCGUCAUCUAUAAGACGGCCACAGGUUAUGGAUUUGCUGAGCCCUACAACCUGUACUCGUCCCUCAAAGACCUGGUGCUCCACUACAAAAACGUCUCCUUGGUCCAACACAACGACCAUCUGAAUGUAAAUCUAGCCUACCCAGUCCUGGCCCGCUCUCAGAACCAGAACCAGCACCCCAGAUGAAUUAUCCACCAGCAGUGUAGGAUGCCAACCAGGGUGGCGGAAACUAAAUUUUCACUCAAAUGCAUUGGGAAAAAGUAUACAUCUGAACAGUGCUUCUUCAUGUGUUUUAAAUGGUGGGUAAAAUAGACUCAGCAGCCACAAUUUAAAAUUCAUACAUAUUUUUUUGGCUGGAGGCUGGUGCUAAUUUCCCACCCUGACCCCAGUCCAGCAAAGAGCACUCCUUGCUAACGGCAUGGCUUCAAAUCAAGCACACUGCUAGCAGUAACUAAGCACUGUACAGUUAGCCUGGCUGACGCAGCCAGUUUUAUCUUGAGGAGAGUGUCGCGUUAGCCAGCCAUGACUGUACAGUGUCAGUUAUGAAAAUAGUGCGAGAAAUUUACAAGAAAACACCUUUAACACAGAGAGAUACAAACAGACUAAAUGUGUUAAAGGAAAACAAAAUAAGCACACAAAAAUAUUGGUUUUCAAGAUCGUGAAGAGGAAGAGGAGAGACCAGAUGGGAUGGGAUGAUGGGAAAUUUUACCGGGGGGCACUUUUUUUUUUGCCUUGAACACAUGAUGACUGUCCAUAGACAAAGGCCCGAUCUGUCAUCCCCAGACUGCCUGCAAACUCUCCAUAGACAAAAGCCUGAGCUGUCAUCCACUAAAAAGGACUGGCUUGGCUAAACCAGGCUGCUCGCUUCACACCUAAAGGCGGCUGAGAAACCGUGGACCGGGGGAGGGCGUAGUCACUGGAGCCUGGGGGCUGGGGUGGGGGAAGAAAUUGCUGGGGUUGAUAUUUUUAGGGGGUUUUAAAAAAAAAAAAGAUUGACUCAAUUUAAAGCUUGCUUAAAGUGCCAUAGUAAUAGCUUUGAAUGACCACAAGCCUGUGUCACUAGAACAAGAGGGCACGUCGAGGUUGAAAGAAAGAAGAGAAGGAAGGAGGGAGCGAAUGCCUGUCGACAUAGACAAAGCUACAGCUUUAAAGAAUACACACAUAUAGGUAUAUUUUUUACGAAAUGAUCUUUAUUUCCAACUGCUUUGGCUCGUUGCUCUCUCUCGGCGGGCCUCCUUCUGAACUGACGAGGUACAACGUACAGCAGAUGCUGUUUUACAGGAUAGAAAUGCAUGGUAGAUAUUUGGUAUAUUGUGAAUAUAGAAAUACUUUUUAAUCACAAUACACUAGAUGAAGAGGUACAUUGAUAAAUGCAGUUCCACAUGAUUCAGGUUUCCUUCUAAAUGGAAAUUGUGGAAAGACUCCUGCAUCAAACGUCUCUUUGUUUCAAACUUCUUCCUUCUUUUUUCAUCCUCUUUAAUACUGUAGCACCUGUAGCCAUUGACUUAAGGCAUAACUGUUAGUGCUCCUCUUACGUGUCUUGUUUCUAUAUGCUAAAGACACUUGCAGAGCAUCAAAUCUAUGUGAUUAUUGUAUCUUCGGUACUGUAUUUGCUUCGUCUCUACUUAGAUUAGACUGUUUUAGUGGUACAAUGUCCUUGCAGAUGUUUAUUGUUGGUUUUUUGUUUUUUGUUUUUUUUUUGGAUGCAGAUUUACUCACGGUACUUCCUUUCUCCCCCUCGCACUUGACUGUUCAUUUCAUCACAAGCUUGACUCACAGAGCUGUAGAACUUUGAUGUACAAAAGAAAAAAGAUAAAGCAGUAAUAUAACUCAUGUACAGUAUAUUUCAGACACACAUGCAGUCAGUGUAUGUGACUUUAUACAGUUUCAUCGCUGUGUUUCUUUAUGUUUUCGGAAUAUUUGCUAUGCUCUUAGAUUCUGUUUAAGGAUGCACAGUAUCCAGCUAAUGUGAGCCAAAUGAAGGAUGUCUUUUCAUGUAGCAAGAAAGAGAAAAAAGAACCAGUCCUUUUGCCAUUUAGCAUGGCCUCUGUGGUCUGAGACAUUAUCUAGUACAGUAUGCAUGGAGUCCUUCGUUUGGGUUGUGUGUGUGUUUUGUUUAGUUUAGUUUUUUUUUUUUUACUUGGCACCAGUGGUUGAUAAUUGUGCUUUUUGUAGUGCAUAUAAAGUAUGAUGUGUGGUGAAUAUAGUAUUACUAUAACAUUGUAGUAAUAUGCACAAUUAGUCGUAUGUGGAUAAUAAGUUUUAUAUUUACAGUUCUCAGAUCAGUUCCCUUCUGUUGUUCUGUGCUGUGGCCGUGAAUCUCGUUCCCUCAUGUUCAUUUGGCUUGAGGUGAAGAUUGUACCACCUCUGUUCAAAGCACAGUUCAUUUGUGUAAAGGCAGGGUUAUUCAGUUGUUAGUGUGUGGUCGAUGAAAAGAGGCAUCGCUUGAUGUCACUUUAAAAAUUGAUUUACGAAGUUGAUUUCUUGAAAUGAAUGAAUAUGAAUAAUCUCUCAAAUUUCUUACACAUAUAGACUCAGAUUGCCAAAAAGAGAAAAGUAUUUUUAUAGAGAGUUAUAGAAGAGUAAAAAGUUGUUGGCAGUAGUUUUAAAAAACAGUGCACUGCUUUUAAGCAUUACACAUUUGGUAUUUCGGAUCUAUUUUUAUUUUUGUUGAGGGAUAGAAACUGAUGUUUUGUCCCUAAAUGAGAUAUUCGCCUACUCCUCUUGUCAUCACAGUCAAUUAUUAGUUAAUAUUAAAGCUGUGUUUCAUCUCUAGACAGACUCACAGGUUUCAGGUCGCAACAUUUUUCAGACAACAGACCAAUCCCACGUACAUGAAAAGUUUAAAUCAAGACUUAAGUUUUGAUUUCAGUCAGGACGAAUCAAUUGUACUGUACUUUGCACAGUUCUUGGCAAGCAGAAAAUCCCAAGAAUUUAAACUAGAGGUGACAGCGGUGCUUCUGAUUAGAGGGCUAUAAAAACAUGUGAGUGAGACAGAUUAGAAGUGCCUUUAGUCAUUGUGAUGAGCUUGUUUUCUCCUUGUUAUCAUUGGAGCGUUGCUCCACAAGAUGGUGCCACCACCACCACAUGCUGUGCCCCAUGGUUCACAUAUUUGCCAUUUGUCUAAAACUUAAGGGUAUCUGGCAAAUAGUUGUUGUUGUGUGUGUGAUUGUGUGUUUGUGUGUCUGUGUCUGUGUUAGAGCAAAUCUGAGCGUGUUAUAGAUAAUAGAGUGACAGAUUUGAGUUGUGCCUCUUUGUUGUUACAUCUUUAAUUGUUACAUAUUCCUUCUUUCUAUGGUGGAGGCUGUACAGUAGCUUGGUGCUCUCUCUCUCUCUCUCUCUCUCUCUCACCAUGCACCCAAGCUAGCUUUCUUUGGUGUUUUUUUUUCUGUUUGUUUGUUUUUUUGGUAUAUUUUUGAAUAUAACUCAGAAGAUAGAAAUGUGAACCGUACACAUCCGUGGCCCAGCCCAGUUGUUUGAAGCUCAUUUGAUAAGCUCUCAAGUUAAUGCAUGCAACAUUUCUCAGUGUUUUUGUAUUGAGAAUCAGUUCCUUUGUGAACAGAUGUUCUGGUUGAGUCAUCCGCCACUGCUGACACAUCCAUUAUCCAGUUUGUUGGACCAACACUUUUGUGACUGCACUUUUUUUCCUGUUCCACACACUCAGAGUAGUGUAUCUAAUGCCCAACAACCAUAAACUAACAGACAGUGGUGAAGCUCAGUUGUAAUAGUGUUUUUAGUUGUUAGUUUUAGUUUCCAUACAGUAUAUAUCAGGAGUGAUUGACAUUUUUCUUUAUGAUAUUGGAGUAUACAGUGUACAGUAUAUGCUUUUGUUGUUUUGCGGUAAACAACUGUCAUGUAAUUCUGAUGCUUUUGACUGAUUGCAAUGUUUUCAUGAUAGAGUUAGUUUUACUAUGUGGACUGUAUAAACUCUGCUUUUCAAACCAACUUUAAGGAGAGCCACUGGCUCAUUAUGCAAUUUUGUGUCCACUCAGCAAAAUUGUCCAACUUAACAAGACAAAUAGCAUUAAUUUUCUUAAACGGUCGGUUCAUCCAAAUUACCUAGACAUUUUUUCCACUUACUCUGAGUGGUAUCCAGGGAUAACAGAUACUUUUAGUUGUAUUAGAUUUUGAGAAAUCAAUUCUUUUCAACUGAGGACAUCAUCAGUUUUCUUUAGAAAACUCUGCAUUAUCCAGAGUAAUGAAAAUAUUGUUGCUGGAAAGACAUGCAGUAUUACUGUUUAACAACUGGUAAUAUGAUUUCUUAAUGCUUUUACCAGCACAAAGAAAGUUUUUUUUUUUUUCCCACCUCCAUUGCACUGUACGAGGUGGUGACAGAGGUUGAGUAUCUCAAAACCACAGCAUAUGGAAGUGAAACUAAAUGUUUGGCUAGAUACCACUAGGAGUAAGUGAAAUCUCUGCUGGGGUGUUUUAGGGAGAUUUGGAUAAAUCAGCCAUUAAAGAAAUAUGUUUGGGGAAAUUUAACUUUCACUUUAAUCCACAACAGGUCAACUUGUUUCUGAGAAGUUUGUGAACCAGAACCAUGAAUGGUUCUGCCUCCAUUUGAGUGAUUUGCUCUGUUUUUCUAGUUCCUUAAAGAAAAAUAGAGAAGUAAAACUGAAUAACUUACUACAUACUCAGUCACUUGUUAAGAUGAACAUUUCUGCAGUGUACUUAAAACACUUUCAUCUGCCAUAUAUGCCAUGUUAAUCACAGAUGUUUAAUAGCUAGAAGCAAUGCAACUUCAGUAGCAAUGAAACCUGGUCAGGCAGUGAGACGGGCAUGAAACGGGCAGAAGAUGAAGACUUUAUUGCGCUUUGAUGUAGAGGUGAGACUUUGGUCCCACUUUUCUUCAACGGGUCUCUUAAACCCGAAGCUUUCAUCCUGCUCAUCUCUUAGAUAUUAUGCAUUUGUGUCAGAGCUUCUUGAAAAACAUUUUUCUAUACAACAAGUGAUCAUUCAAGGAAUUAAAUAUUUUUUCAUCAGCUUUGGUACACUGUAAAUGAUAUUUCUUGAAAUGGCCUCAUACGCAAAGCACAUCUUUCACUGACUACAAGGAACACAUAUAUUUGGUGUCUAUUAAGGUUUGAAGAAUGAGAGGCAUACUAGAGAAUAAAUAUUUUGAAAUAUAUUCUUAGAUAUCUAUAUUUUUGGAUUAUGUAACGCUGAUUUGGAUUGUGCUUGAAACAAAUCAGAACGAGGCUUUGAUGUGAACAUGAUCUUUAGACUUGCUCCACGGCUGCUUUGUACUCAAGCAGUUAUUGAAACGCAAGCGUUUUUACUAAUCAGCUGCAGUGAGCUUCAUCAUGAUCAGCAACAAACUUUGUGGUUACAGUCGAUCGACAUACAUGUAAUCUAUUAAGCAUGAUUAUCAGGUGUGUUCAGAGGAUGAAGCAAGCUCAUGUACAUGUGUUAAUAUUUACAGAGCUACGUAUAUAUGUUAAAUGCAGUCUUGGCUGCUUUGCAUUUAUUAAAUAUUAGAGAAGAGUUUUUUUUUUUUGUUUUGGUUUUUUUCUUGAACAUGAGAAUCUGUUAUGUCACAUGGAAGAUUCUGGUUGUUUUUGUGAGUAGAGGCAGUGUUAAAAUGUUGCACCACAAAAGAUACACUUGGAAGCUGCCGCAGAGAUCCACCACAGGUUGGACACUGAUGCUGUAAAAGUGAACCAUCUUACCACUGUAUCUUUUCUUCCUUGGUUGAUCUCUGUAGUCGCUGAAGGGGAAGUAAAAGUAGAUCCUGUUUAGUCUGACAGAGAAAAAGGUACAUGAUUCAACGGUUCAUGAUCACUCCUUUACGCAGAUCUUUGUACAUGGAACAAUGAUGGCAUUAGAAAGUGUUCUUUUAUGGUGCCUGAGUAUAUAUAUAGAUAUGUAUAUCUAUAUAUAUCUAUAUACAUAUAUGUUUUUUUUUUACUUGGCUUUUUAGAAAAGCUGAUAGAUUUGUCUGUCCAAGUGUUGGUUAUUUUUUGUUUGUUUGUUUAUAUCUGUUAAUGAUAACCUUACAGAGCCUAUAAAGAAAAAAAUAAGCUAGCUUGAAUUUUUUCCUCCAUACAGAAAAAAAAUACAAAUGUUUACAAUAUGUAAUUAACCAAAUAGUAAAUAUGCGUUUGAGAAUCAAUCUGUCUGUCCCUCAAAGUGGCUGUGAUAGAUUGAUUUAUAUUUCUUUAUUUUCCUCUGUCAUUUUAAACUUGAAAAAUGUUUAUGAAUGCUUGUUCUGUUUUUCUGUUCCUCUCUUUUUCAUUUUUACUUGUGAGAACAGUGCUCCCUCAGUUUCAAAAUAAUAACUCCACCAGAUAGUUCAACAGAAUUAAUUUGUCCAUAAUACAAACUGUAGGCAUUCAUCAGUCUUUGUCAUUCUCUACCUGCUGACUACUUCACCUUACACUGAGCCUUGUAUGUGCAGGACUGUAAUCCUAACUUGAGACGCUGUUGCAUCUUUUGCUGUUUAUAUUAUGUACAGUGCGGUAGUUUUGGUGUCUCUCUGGUCACUCAGUUCAAAGAAUUUAUAGUGGGCGACACCCACAUGUUGUGAAUAACUUGCCACUUGCUUGUGUAUAAUUUUAGUACAUAUAGAAAGUCUAAAAUUCAGGAAUAACUAUCAAGAGGCAUCCUGUUCUUGAUUUUUGCACUACACAGCAAAUAAUACUCAAAUGAAAAGGUGAAUCAGUUGCUCGAUUGGUUGGUAAACUAAUUCAUAAGACCAAAAAGUAUCCAAUAUAGUCUCAGCUUGAGUGUGAUUUCCAUUCAAAUAUGAUGACAUUAGCAACUGCACUAUCAUUUCCCCCUUCUCUGCCUGUAUCCAGUCAAUGAGAGUUUGUCAUUUGUUUGAUUAAAUCUGAUGUGAAUGUUUUUCACUGGUGUGCAGUAGUUCAUAUUCAAGACCCAACUCUGAACGUUAGAAGACAGGCAGCGGUCCACUCGGCAAUUAAGUUACAGAGCAGCAGCAAUUUAUGUCACAUAUCCAUAUUUUUAACCCAGUCACAACACCCAUUGCUCUAUAAUGUUGCCCAACAGGUUGCCCAGUGUAUCACUGCCUCAACAGCAGGAACAGAUCCAUGGUUCUCAGCUAAUUAUGAUGUGGUCUACUCUUUCUUUCAAACACAGUGAAUGGAAAUGAAGGGGGCAGUCCGAUAAAGCUACUCUACACCAAAGUGCAAUUGAACUCAGAGGGAGCACUGUUGUUUCAGCCAGUAGAGGCCUAUUGGUUGUUUGUGUGCCCAACCCCUAUGCACGAAAAGAUGGUUAUUCUUUGUUCUCUUCUCUUGUGUUAUCCUCCCUCCGUUGGUCUGUCUUAAUUCAGAUGCGACAUUUCUUCUUUCUUCCUCUCUCGUGUACAGCUUGCUUCAGAGAUGUGUUUGUCCUCAGACAGGUACUCUUUCAUCUGUACGGUUCUUUCUUUAGGCUGAUGCAAUGAUUUUAAAAGACAAUAAAAGAUAUAUAAAAUGAAA